GCAGUCCCUACACUCGUGCCCGUGUGUGUGUAUGUGUGUGUGUGUCCCGGGUACCUGAGAGACUGCUGUGAUGACCUCAGUAGGAAUACACAGAGGCUUCCUCAGAAAGUAUGGAGGCUUCAUGUUUAAGCAGUGGAAGGAGAAGUACCUCGUUCUAACAGUGGAGGGCAGUCUGCUGGUGUGCCGUGAUGCAGACUCUGCCGCUGACCAGGUGGUGGCACUGCAGGGCAACUGUGAGUCCAUUGUGGAGGGCCGGGAGAUCCUGGAUCUGCCCCGUUUACCCCCAGGGGGCAGGAGAGACUGCUGUUUUGCCCUCAUUCUGCGUCAGGACAAGUUCCUGCUGCUGCUCUCCGACAGCCCUGAUGACUGCAGCCAAUGGCUGAAGCUCCUGCGGAAAGUCAGAGAGGGUGUGACCUCACCCAUGACGCUGCAGAGGCAGCAGAGCUUCGCCCCGUGCAUCACGGACAGAGAUCCGCUCCCUGACCCCCCCCUGGACGCCCCCCUGGACAAGGACUCGCCCACCUCCUCCCCCCGCCUCAGCGACAGGCCCCCGGCCUCCCCUCGGCUGCCCAGCAGGGACAACUCCUUCAGGGAAAAGAAAGGUCCAGUGCGCACUCUCUCGGUCCGCAGCGGCUCCGUGGCUCCACCGCAUCGUUCUGCCGACUGCCUUCGCCACGGCAACAGCAGCGAUGCGCGGGCGGUGCGUGCCGUCUGCCUCCUGAUGGGUGGGGCGGCCGCCACCUCCGCGCUGGGCUACCUCAACUCCUGCGCCGUGGCCGGACAGGCCUCCACAGGUGCCGCUGGAGCAGGGCACGCCGGCGCCGAGCUCGGACACUCCGCCGGCUUCUCCGAGCUGGGUGGGGCCGGCUCGGGAUACCACGCCUGCGGUCAGGCAGCCGACGGACCCCACUUCAACAGCUUCGACUUUGAGGGUGACUCCGACUUUGAUGCGUUCGACUGCGGAGGGUUCGCUUUUUAGUCUGUUCUGUGUAUGAGUCCUUUGUGUGUCUGUGGGUGUGUGUGUGUGUAUGUGUGUGUGUGUGAGAGAGAGAGCAGUUGUAU